GAUGGCGGCCCCUACGACUCAUGAAGAUAUUGAGAAUCAGGUUCGGGAGUUACAGGAAAAAAGAAGGGCUGUGAAUGUAACUCGUGAUGAUGAAGGGAAUGCCAGAAUUGCAAUGGGAGAAAGCGGAUAUUACGAUAAAGAUAUCUACGGUGGCAGUUCAAAAGCAAAUUAUGGAGGUUACGUAGAUUCAAUUGCUGCUAAUGAUGAUAUUGAUGAUGACGAGGAUGAACAUUUUGCACCUCAACUUGGUAAAAAAGUUCAAUAUACAGCCCCACUCAAUCAGCUAAGUGAUUUAUCAAGAGAGGAAAGAGAUCAUGAUCCUCUAGCCGGUCGACGAAUUCCUAAAGUAAUCGACAAAGAAGAUGACUAUAGAAAAAGGAGACUUAAUCAGCAACUCUCUCCUUCUCGAUAUGAUCCUUUUGCAGGGGAUAAGACACCAGAUGUUCGCUCCGAACGUAGAAGUUACGCAGAUAUUCUAAGAGAUAAUCAGUUGAAAGCUCGUGAAUAUGAUCUCAAGCAGCAAAUGAUUGAAAAGGCCAAGGAAGGAACUUUAAAGGCAACAAAUGGAGAUAUUGUAUCUAAACCAAAAAAGAGAAUAGGACGAUGGGAUCAGCCAAGUGAUGCUGAUGGUACUCCUGCUGCCAAGAAAACCAGUUGGGAUGAAGCAGCUACUCCCCAUGUUGCUAGAUGGGAUGAAACACCAGCCAGACUGAAAUCUGGAGCAGAAACACCAUCUCAAAAAAUGUGGGAUAGUACACCUGGACCAAUGACUCCGGGUGGAGAGACACCUGGUCACACAACUACACCAAGCGCUAGAAGAAAUCGUUGGGAUGAGACACCUAGAGCAGGAGCAGAAACUCCGGCCCAAAGCGGUUGGGCAGAAACUCCUAGAGCAGAUCGAGGAUCCGAUAGUAUACAAGACACUCCAUCAGCUCAACAAGCAAAAAGAAGAUCGAGAUGGGAUGAAACUCCAGCGAUGACACCUCAAACAGGAGCAGUAACGCCAGGAAUGACUCCAAGCAUGACCCCAGGAGCCAUGACACCAUCUGGUCUCGGCGCUGGUCAACAUACUCCUGGCACGUUUACACCAACUGGCGCGCCGGGUGUCUACACACCUAUGGGUUUGACACCAUCAGGUCAAACUCCUUCUGGAUCUAAAGCGAUGGGAAUGGCUACUCCAACGCCAGGCCACCUUGUAUCUAUGACACCUGAACAGAUGCAAGCAUUUAAUUGGCAAAGAGAAAUUGAUGAGAGAAAUGGUCCAUUAACUGAUGAGGAAUUAGAUGCCAAGUUUCCACCAGGAUACAAAAUUUUGGCUCCUCCAGCAGGAUAUAUACCAAUAAGAACACCCGGUCGCAAACUUACAGCAACUCCAACACCCUUCUUAGGAGGAACUCCAUCAGGAUUCAAAAUGCAAACACCGGAUCAAAAAACAACGAUGGUUGAUCUGCAACCCAAGGGACAAAAUCUACCUAUGAUGAAGCCUGAUGACAUGCAAUAUUUUGAUAAACUAUUGGUAGAUGUUGAUGAAGACAACCUUCCCCCAGAAGAAGCAAAAGAAAGAAAGAUUAUGAAACUCCUACUUAAAGUUAAAAAUGGCACGCCACCAAUGAGAAAAUCAGCUUUGCGACAGUUAACUGACAAAGCCAGAGAAUUUGGAGCUGGACCUCUGUUUAAUCAAAUACUUCCCUUGCUAAUGUCACCAACGUUAGAAGAUCAAGAGCGUCAUUUACUGGUUAAGGUUAUUGACAGAGUUCUCUACAAAUUGGAUGAUUUAGUUAGGCCGUACGUUCAUAAAAUUCUUGUGGUUAUUGAACCCCUAUUAAUCGACGAAGAUUACUAUGCACGUGUGGAAGGUCGUGAAAUUAUAUCAAAUUUGGCUAAAGCUGCCGGAUUGGCAACAAUGAUCUCUACAAUGAGACCUGACAUAGAUAAUAUGGAUGAGUACGUAAGAAAUACUACAGCCAGAGCUUUUGCAGUAGUAGCUUCUGCUUUGGGAAUUCCUGCUCUCUUGCCUUUCCUCAAAGCUGUUUGCAGAAGUAAGAAAAGUUGGCAAGCAAGACAUACAGGCAUAAAAAUCAUUCAACAAAUAGCCAUUCUGAUGGGAUGCGCUGUCUUACCUCACUUGCGAUCACUGGUUGAUAUUAUCGAACACGGUUUAGUUGAUGAACAGCAAAAAGUGCGAACAAUCACAGCUUUGGCUUUGGCUGCCCUUGCAGAAGCUGCUACUCCAUAUGGUAUAGAGAGUUUUGACGCUGUAUUAAAACCUUUGUGGAAAGGAAUAAGACAGCAUCGAGGUAAAGGUCUGGCUGCUUUUUUAAAAGCUAUUGGUUACCUUAUUCCAUUGAUGGACGCCGAAUAUGCCAAUUAUUACACCAGAGAAGUAAUGUUGAUUUUGAUUAGAGAAUUUCAGUCUCCUGACGAAGAAAUGAAAAAGAUCGUUUUAAAAGUUGUAAAGCAAUGUUGUGCAACUGAUGGUGUUGAGGCACAAUAUAUUAAGGAAGAAAUUCUACCGCCCUUCUUCAAACAUUUUUGGAAUCAAAGAAUGGCUCUCGACAGGAGAAAUUACCGACAGUUAGUUGACACCACUGUUGAAAUUGGUAUGAAAGUGGGAGCAUCAGAGCUGGUUUCACGAAUUGUUGACGAUCUGAAGGAUGAAAGCGAACAAUAUAGGCGUAUGGUAAUGGAAACCAUCGAUAAAACUCUUUCUACCCUUGGAGCUUCAGAUAUAGAUUCAAGACUGGAAGAACAGUUAAUUGACGGUAUUUUAUAUGCUUUUCAAGAACAAACCAGUGCUGGAGAUGCUGAUAACGCAGUUAUGUUAAAUGGUUUUGGAACUGUUGUGGUUGCGCUUGGAAGGCGAGUUAAACCAUACUUGCCUCAAAUAUGUGGUACAAUUUUAUGGCGUCUCAACAACAAAGCUGCCAAGGUCAGACAACAAGCUGCAGAUUUAAUUGGUCGAAUCGCGGUUGUUAUGAAAACAUGUGAAGAAGAAAAAUUAAUGGGUCAUUUAGGUGUUGUUCUUUACGAAUAUUUAGGUGAGGAAUAUCCUGAAGUACUUGGUUCCAUAAUUGCAGCUCUUAAAGCUAUUGUAAAUGUAAUUGGUAUGUCACGUAUGACACCUCCUAUAAAGGAUUUAUUACCUCGAUUGACACCAAUCUUGAAAAAUCGCCACGAAAAGGUCCAAGAGAAUUGUAUUGAUUUAGUUGGAAGAAUUGCAGAUAGAGGAGCAGAAUUUGUUUCUGCAAGGGAAUGGAUGAGAAUAUGCUUCGAAUUGCUUGAAUUACUAAAAGCUCACAAAAAAGCAAUAAGAAGAGCAACUGUCAAUACUUUCGGUUAUAUAGCAAAAGCCAUUGGUCCUCAUGAUGUUUUAGGGACUCUUUUGAAUAAUUUAAAAGUUCAAGAGAGACAAAACCGUGUAUGCACAACAGUAGCCAUUGCAAUUGUUGCGGAGACAUGUUCACCUUUCACUGUUUUACCAGCAUUAAUGAAUGAAUACAGAGUACGAGAACUUAACGUUCAAAACGGAGUCUUGAAAGCUUUGUCAUUCAUGUUCGAAUACGUUGGAGAAAUGGGAAAAGACUAUAUCUAUGCUGUGGCUCCUUUAUUUGAGGAUGCAUUGAUGGAUAGAGAUCUUGUCCACAGGCAAACAGCUAUGUUUGCUGUUCAACAUUUAGCUCUUGGAGUGGCUGGAUUGGGAUGUGAAGAUGCACUACAACAUUUAAUAAAUUAUGUUUGGCCAAAUAUACUGGAAAGUUCACCUCACGUUGUUCAAGCAUUUAUGGGCUGCGUGGAUGGCUUUCGAUUAUCUCUUGGUCCCGCAAGAGUUCUCAACUAUACUCUUUCUGGACUCUUCCAUCCAGCAAGAAAAGUAAGGCAUGUAUAUUGGAAAGUUUACAAUAGCGUUUAUAUAGGAGCUCAAGACGCAUUAGUUGCAGCCUACCCAAGAAUUCCGGGCUUUUCAAGACAUGAACUGGACUAUAUGCUGUAG